UACAAGUGAUUGACAUAUUAUAUUUAACCUAAUUAGUUAAUAUAUAACAACGGAAUGCAUACGGAUUUAUCACCGCACUUGCAUACUCAUGAGUGCAAUAUCCUAAUAAAAAAAUUACAAGACUGUCAUGUUGAGCAUUCUUUUCGAAAAUUUCUGGGAUAUUGCAACGACUUUGAUAGGGAUAUGAGAAAGUGUUUGAAAGGCGAACGUUUACGACGUCAAAAGGCAAAUCACGAAGAAUCUGUAAGAAGACAUGCUGAAAUUAGAGCUCGCAUAUUAGCUCAUAAUCAAGCUACACAAUAGUUAGUGAAAAAAAAUAAUAAAAUGGAAUACAACAUACUGCAGUCGAUUAACUUGGAAGAUUUAUCUCAUUUCAAAUCAUUUACAGACCGUUACUUUAGCAAAAGAUAUGUACUCAAUGUUAAUGGAAUUGAAAACAAUGAUAUAAUGCUAAUGUUCCACUCAAACAGAAUAACACUUAUAAGUCUUGCACCAAGUCAUUUCUUUUUCAAGAAAACUGAUCAAUAUAAAAUUAAUUUCAGUAUUGGCAAUAUUGAUAGAUUAACGAACUCAGUAAAAGGCAAAGGAAAGAAAGGUGGACAAAUGUUAACUGCAAAUUCUGUUAUUUGUAAAAUUGAAUAUGAUGAUGGGACAAUGUUUGCUAUACCUUGCUGCAUGAAAGGCACACUUAUUGAAGUUAAUAAAGAAUUAACUAAGAAUCCUGAACUAUUAAGAGAACAGCCAGAUUCUAACGGUUUUAUUGCUAUUAUGUUGUCCAGUAUUGCAAUAUCGGAUUCAACAAAAAGUGAACUUUUAAAUCACGAAGAGUAUGUUAAAACUUUCAAUAGUUGAUAAUAAGUAGAUAAUAGAUUGUUAAAUAAAGUCAUAAAUAUUUUGUA